AUGUUUUUCUCAGUCUCUUUCUUUUCCUGGAAGUCUCUCUUCUACUCAACUGACGGUGUCUCUCCCUCUUUUUAUCUCCCCCCCUCUCUCUCUUCCCUGACGGUCUCUUUCAUUUCUCCUCCUUUGACAGUCUCUAUCUCCCUCCCUCUCUUCACCACUUUUAACGGUCUUUCUCUCUCUUCACCUCCCCUGACGCUCUCUAUCUCUCUUUUUCUCCUGGCGGUAUCUCUCUGUCUCUUCUCCCAUCCUGACCAUCUCCCGCUCUCUUCUGCCCUCUUGGCUGUCUUCCUCUCUCUUAUCAUCUCCUGGAUGUAUAUAUCUCUUUCUCUUCUCCCAUCAUUGAUGUCUCUCUUACUCCUUUCUCCUCUCCUGGCAGUCUCUCUUACUCUUUUCUCCUCUCCUGGCUCUCUCACUCUUCCUCCCCACCAUCUCUCUCUCUCUAUUAGUGUUUCUUGUCUCAAUCUCUCUAAUUGUCUUUCUCCCCACCCAUUUUGCUAUCGAUUUUCUUUCUACUCAUAUCGUCAUGCUUCUUAUUUUCUCUAUAGUCCCAUCCAUGCACUAGUCAUUGAACUUUAUAUAAAUAGAUAUUUAUUUUUGUUUGUUCCUACAAUUGCAGCUUCCGAUUACAAUUCUAUCUCUCUCUCUCUCUCUCUCUCUCUCUCUCUCUCUCUCUCUGUGUGUCUCUUUCGUUCUUUCUCUUUCCCUCUCUCUUCCUCUCUAUGGCAAAGAUAUUUUUUUUGUGAAAGAACUCCCUCAUCCCCGUCGACCUCGCUGUCAAUACUUAGAAAAUUCUUCAGUGCCUGGGGCAACUCCUUCCCUUGGGCCACUUGUCCCGACGCUAAAUGA